ACAGCGGGGAUCACCGGGAUGUCGGUUCUAAUCGUUACGAGUGUGGGCGACAUCGAUGUGGAUCUGCACACGGAGGAGUGCCCCAUCACCACCAAGAACUUCCUCAAGCUCUGCAAGAUCAAGUACUACAACGGCUGCCUCUUCCACAAGGUGGAGAGGGAUUUCCUGGCACAGACCGGGGACCCAACCGGGACCGGCACCGGAGGUCAUUCUGUGUACAAGAUCCUUCAUGGCGAUCAAGAUCGGUUUUUCGAUGACGAGAUCCGUCCGGACCUGAGGCAUUCAAACGCUGGCACCGUCGCCAUGGCAGGUGGCUCGCAGUUCUACUUCACCUUGCGGGACGGCGUGGACGGUCUUGAUGGUAAACACACUGUGUUUGGGAUGAUUGCUGAGGGUGAAAGUUUUGAUACGCUGGCAAAGAUAAAUGAAUCAUGCCUUGAUGAUAAAGGGAGACCAUUCAUGGACAUAAGGAUUAAACAUACAUAUGUCUUGGACGAUCCUUUCGACGAACCUCCUCGGCUUGCAGAACUCAUCCCUGGGAAUUCUCCUGUAGGAAAGCCACGUGAUGAGACUGCAGAAGAGCGCUCACAGGUCCCUUUCGAUGAAACAGUGGACUGCUCUGAAGAUGCACUCUCUAAUAAUGUUGUGAUCGUUAGCUGUGAUCACUGCGGCGGAGUCGAACAGCCAGACAAUGUCUUGUAUGUUUCUAAACUUAACCCAAUUACACAAGAUGAGGAUCUGCAUACAAUCUUUUCUCGUUUCGGAACUGUGACAUCGGCUGAAAUAAUUCGUGAGUGCAAGACUGGAGAUAGCUUAUGCUAUGCUUUUAUCGAGUUUGAGACAAAGGAGGACUGUGAGCGUGCAUAUUUUAAGAUGGAGAAUAGCCUGAUUCAUGACAGGAGGAUCCAGGUUGAUUUUGCACAAAAUGUCCCAAAGCUGUGGGGUCGGUUCAGGCAAAGCAAACUAAAUGCCGAUAAAGAUGAUGGGUGCCUCCUCAAGUGUGGUGCCCCAGAUCACCUGCCCCGAGAUUGUGAUCAAGGCGUUGAGGAGGAAAACAAAGGCACCAAUUAUGUUGUCAAAGAUCAAAACACUCACGGAGGCGGGAACAACCGCAGAAGUUACGAUUUAGCAUUCGACGAUGAAGGUAAUAAUGCUGAUCUGGAAAAUCAUCCAGGUGCCGAUCGAAAAUAAGAUACUGAAAGUUGAAGCUUCCCCCUCAGGGUGACCGCGACAUGAGCAGGCGGGAAGAACUCAUCAUGUUGAGAGAGGAAGCAAGCAAGGCAAAGAAGAUUAUAGGCUUUUAAAUUUCUCAACUAUCUUAUUCAAAAUAUCACACAAAAUUA